GGGGAGUCAAUCACGCUUGCAAGGAGAUGGUUUCUGUACGGAUGCGCAGGUCUGCCGCUCCUUUGGAUCGUCAGCUGCUUCUUCUUCAGAGAUAAACUGCGAGAUAUUCCGACAGAGGCGAGAAAAUGGGUGUUGCUGUCGUUCGCGGCCGCUGGAGUGUCGACAACGUUGUGCGUAGCAUGGGUUGUUAUUUCCCUGUCGUCGUGGAAAUCGUGGGGAACGGCGUUUAUGGUUUCUGUACCUGACUCAGACCUGACGGGCUGGUAAUGUCGUCGUUGUCAUAGCGGUAUACUUCCGGGUACUGGAAUUGUGCGAGCAAGCGCGCACGUGUGUGAACGAUUUUUACGUCGUUUCAACUGUUUUUUACGGCAUCCGCUGUUGCGAUGACUCCGACACGUGAUACAGAGUAAAUAAGUACCAACGGCUGAUGUGUGUAAUGCGCGCCCUGGAGCGUGUCUCCAACAUCUUCGAUACUGAUAGAAACCACAGCGCAGAAGAUGUCAACCUAUCAAACAUGGGGGAUUAGGUAUUAGAUCAGUAGUGGGGGAUUAGGUAGAAGAGAAGGUAGCAGAAGGUUCGUUUCUUCAAUGAUAUAGCGAAGGUAGAAGACGAGUUGGAUUGCAGCAGUGUGCAAGAAGAGUCGGAUACGAUGCGGUUGCUCGUUGAACAUGAUCCGUUUGCCUUCCAGCUUACGUGUCUCUUGGCUGGGGGGUAGGUUAGGUAGGUAACAAAGCGACUGCCCUUUGUCAUUUUGUGCCUGGUUGAGUGGUCCCUGUUUUUUCCAGAUUGCAACGAUGAACUUCCUCGUUUCCACGUGUGCACUCUGCCACACUGCAUGCACAUGCAGCAGUGGAGCCCCGAUUGACACUGCGAGAGGUCCAUCGCUUCACUUGCGAUAGAAUCCAACCCCACGCCGGACAGUGGGAUUAGUCGUGGUUAUCGUAUACAAAACUGUGCGUGUGCGAUAACUCCGACCCUUUUUGCGAAAACCCAAAUAAAUCAUGUCAAUCUUGCUUCUUAGCACCCCCCUGUGCGAUCGCUCGCACGACUGAUGAUGCGGUACUCUCUCCACACCCUCUUCAGCCCAACGCUACUGUACUGCGACGAAGG